AUGCCGUACUGCAUGGUUCCUGGUUGCACAAAUUGUUCAAAGAAGACAAAAGGGAGUGAUAUAUCGUAUCAUCGUUUACCAAAUGAUCAGCAAAUGCGAAGAACAUGGCUCAGUCGUGUUCGUCGUGACAACCUGCCGAAAGCUAAUUCGUGCUAUGUUUGCAGCGCUCAUUUUACCCCAGAUUGUUUCGAGGGUUCUCUUAAAGAAUUAUUUGGCAUGAAAGGGGAAAAGGUUCUAAAAUCUGGAAGUGUUCCAUCGAUAUUUCCGUUUUUACAUCGCAAACCAGAACGCGAAUUAUCAUAUAAGAGGGCACAAAUCAGAGAGAAAAUUGCGAAAGACGAGGUAAUUUCUAUUACUGUAGAAGUGUAUUUUUCUGUGUGAACAGACUAGAUUGCGAAAUCUAUAAAGGUUAUGGUAGGGGAUGGCAAUUACUAAUUUACUGUACAUUCUCUAUUAUGGACGCCAGAGCUUUACUUUUCAGGUCUGUUGGAUGGGGGAGGGGGGUAGUCCCAAGGCGGGCUCAAUAGAAUAGGGUUAUAGCUUAAUAUGAAACCACAGAAAAGCAACAUUAUUAGCGUCCGGGGUAAAUUAUUUAUCUAGUCAUUAACAUGAAUUCAGGGGGGGAAUAGAGGAUUUACGGUUUGAUCCAUAAGUACUUUAAUAAUGAAUUAAAAUGGUCCACCGGGUAGCCACGUUUUUGGACUAUUUUAAUUCAAAAGUGGCAAAAAACGUGGAUUUCUUUGCAGGAAGUAGCAAGCCUACUAACAAUAAACAGCGAAGAGCAUGAAAUGGGCAAUACAUGUAUUGAACAAGAACUGCCAAGUACGUCAAGUCACGAUGCAGAAACACAGUGUGAUUUGAAGAUUUUGUUGGAUGCAGAGGUCCAGUGUGAAAAAAUAUUAAAACGGAGUAUUGCUAUACAAACUCUUGCCCAACGUAAAAAUAAAUCUAAAAAUAAAAAAAAAUCUUCUACUGUUCGCAAUAUAAAUAACAGUUGUCCAGUUCCUACUCCUCCUUCAACACCGAUGGAAACAAAAGGACAAAAUUCAUCCACUAUCCGUGCUCUAUAUUGUAAUGAUCCUGUUGUCACCUCCCCUUCAACAUCAGUUGUCAGGAAAGAAACGGACACAAACAUGACACUAUCUGAUUUUGAACAGAUUGUGAACAUUUGCAGUAGUAGUGAGGAUGACACAUCAGAUAGUGAUGUCACAUCAGAUAGUGACGACGAUUAUAUUUGCUCAGAAUUAGACACCAGUGAUGAGUCUGACGAGGAAGAACUAAAAAAUGAAAGAAAAUUUAUUGUGUUUGAAAGUAUGCUUGAUCAGCUAUUUAUCAACUGUAACGCGUGUGGUUCUCUAUGUGAGAUUGAAAAGUCCAACACUGGUAGCAUGGUAGUAAUCAAAGCAACAUGUUGUAACAACCAUACCUUUCACUGGAGAUCACAACCAGAGAUAGAUAACAAGCCAGCUGGUAACAUUUUAAUUCCUGCUGCAACUGUCAUUACUGGGGGAUCCUAUGAAUCUAUGAAACAAUUUUUUAAUGCACUUAAUUUAAACUUUGUUAAUAAAGACCAGUUUUACGAUGUGCAGGAUAAGAUUGUUUUCCCAGUUAUCAACAAUGCCUAUGAAAAACAACGGAAGGAUGUAAUUGAAACAAUCAAAAAGGAGAAUACUGCAGUCAACUUAUGCGGUGAUGGUCGAUCUGAUAGUCCUGGUCAUAGUGCUAAAUAUGGUACAUACACUUUGAUGGACGAAGAUUCAGGGAAGAUUAUAGAUUUCUCCCUUGUGCAAGUCUCGGAAGUUUCUUCCUCUAAUGCAAUGGCGAAUGAAGGCUGUCAAAGGUCACUCAACAAACUUAUUGACCAAAAUGUCCAUAUAAGAUCUUUGUCAACUGAUCGUCAUACCCAGAUCACAUCAGAGAUGAGGAAGAAAUACCCCUCCAUAAUCCAUCAGUAUGACGUGUGGCAUCUGUCGAAGUGGAUUAAAAAAAAAUUGGGGAAGAAAGCUAAGACAAAGAUCAAUGAAUCGCUUCUUAAAUGGAUCCAAUCUGUGUCCAAUCAUCUGUGGUGUUGUUCACAGACUUGUGGUGGUGAUGCUGAAGUUUGA